AAUUUGAAUCUGCUUGCCAAAUAAUGAAUAAAUACUUGACGCUGGUUGGCAUCCUGCUGCUGGCUUGCUGGCAUGCCGGAAGUGUCCUAGCGGAUAGCGACAGCAGCAGUGACAGUGAUAGCAGUGAUAACAGUGGCCACAGUCACGGCCGAAAGCAUAAACAUAAAUACAAUAAUCCAGCGUAUCCGAGCUAUCCGCCCUACGCCUAUCCACCAUAUCCCUACACUCCCUAUACAUACAAUCAGCAGCAGCCGCCAUAUAAUCCGUAUGCGCAGCCGCCGCCGCCGCCCAUGAAUCCCCAGUACCAGAGUCCAUAUCCAGGCAAUCAGCAGCCCUAUAACCAGUAUGCACCACCAGUACCUCAAUAUGGACCACCUGCCUAUCCCCCGGCACCACAAUCGGCAUAUCCUCCCGCACCACAAGCUGUCUAUCCCCCCGCACCACCAGCUGCCUAUCCGCCUGCACCGCAGCAGCCACCGCCAGCUUCUAGUGUUAUCAACCAUUCGCUCAAAGUUAACAAAGAAUAUCAGGAGGAUUUUAGCAAAAAUGUCGAAAAUAAUCGAAUUUAA